CAACGCUGUUAGGUCAGUCGGAACAUGUCACAUCUGAGUGUCAGCUUCUGUUGGCUCAAAGAACAGGCACGGCAUGCAACCGUAUAUUAAAACUUCAAGGAACCCUUUUAGGAAUAGCCGUAAACACCAAGAUGAAACUUGACAAGAAGGAUCUUUCCUUACUUUUCCACGUUUAGGUGGGCGUCAGCGUAGAAUAUCAUUCAAGUCAAGGUACGGUUCACGACGGUUCUUCGAGCUCAGACAGAAGCUGAAACAAACACGCAAUCAUGAUAAAAGGUAACUCGCCUCCACAAGAUGCCUCUAAUAGGGCGCCGGAAAAUGCCGAGCGGUCUCCAAAUGUCCAGUCGGCGAAUUGGAAGGAACACAUGCUCCUUCAGAAGAGGCUGCACAUUCUGAAUAGAUCGGAGAAGGGCUUAGUGCAUAGAAUCGCUAUUGAUCAGAAGGUCAUGUUCAGAAGGUUCCAAAUGAAGCUGCACAGAUCCAAACUCGGGUAUGCUCAGAUGAUGGGAGAUAAAGACCGUGUACGGGAGCUAAGAGCAUUACAUCUACAUGGACUCAACACAAACUGUGGUCAAAGUGAGGGUGACUACGAGUUUUUGAAGAAGCUGGAGUAUCGACCUUGUUCUGUGGAUGAAACAAGAAUCCCAAGGUCGCGCCAGCAGUCCAAGAAAGCCACCUCUGACAGGGACAUCGAGGAACUAAUCCAGCAGGUCAUGAAGGAGCAGUCUUCGCAACAAAUAAGAAGCCAAUCGGCAUCGGGAAGGUGUGUUCCGGUAGGGGGAGAUAACCCCCGUCCCCACAGUGGUAAGAUGCGGACUCCCCCUUCAUUACUUCCCCUUAGACCGGCUACUGCCGCAGGAACGCAAGUAGAAAAGGAGUUUCUAAUUUUACCCGAUGUCAAAGGUCAAACAGUGGAAGAAAAGAUUAAUACAUUUGUGGCAAACAUAACUAUUCAAAACAAAAAUAACACAAGUGAAAAUCCUGAGCUGGAAUUUGCUUCAAAAAUCGCAGGAAGGCGACAAUCUAGAGUAAGUUUUGCUCAGAACAUACCCCGAACAGUUUACAGUACCUUUCCGGAAUCUACCGGAAGUUCCCGACGUGAAAGUCUAACAACCAGCGAAGGAAGAUCCUCCAGGAAGUCAAGAAGGGGUUCUAUGUUUGAGGAGGUAAAAAAGACAAAUCUGCAGGAAAUAUUUCUCGACGAAGCAAGAUCUGUCGAUCAUGACCCUAAAGUGAAAGAGUUCUGUGAUUCAACGCAAGCUUAUGAAAACACCUAUCUUGACAGAUCCUUUGACUAUUAUGCCCACAAGAUGCAGGUAAACGUGGAACAGACGACUAAAGAUGAUCCACCUCCAAUGGCCGGGACGCCGGAUCUUGAAAAUUAUAAAUUUAUAGGUAACACAAAGGUAAAGAGUCUCACAAUGCCGUUGCUGGAUUUAAACUUUGAAGAACUGAAACAACAGAAAGAGACACAAGAGGAAGUGGGUGAAGAGAACGUGGAAGAAGAGGAGGAAGAAGCGGAACACGGUCCUGAUCCUGAAACAGUUGUUCCUUCCGAUGGUCCAUAUUUGUUGUGAAAUAACAAGUUGAAUGCAUUCUGUAUAACGUGUGUACGCGCCGUAUUCUUAUUGUCGACACUCGUAUGCAUGCAUGUAGGCUGUACGUUCCUUUAGGCUAACUAUUAUUUACAUUUAAAUAGGGUAAUUGACAUAGCAACACACUGGCGUGAAUUACAUUACCUGUUAUGAUUUACAAAUACCUGUUUACUCUAUGCAUGAGAAUUAACACUAUGUAUUUAUCAUCUCCCACACUAUCGGACACGACUGGUUCCCACUGUAUUUAACACGAUAUAUUUAGUUUAGAAAUAAUCAUUGUACUUGAUUGUUUGAACACUAUAUUAAUUCAUCAUUAAUACACGUGUUCUGUUUGUGUGACCAUUUCUCAAAUGAAUAGGAGUGUUCAUAUUUGUCCAAGACUGUACAAGUUGCCUCCCUUUAAUGCUUGACCUUGUCGACACAAACGCGGUUCGAUGAAUGUGAAUAUGCACUGUAAAUAUGUGUUUACGUAUUAACUACAUGCUCAGCAAGUUAAGCUAUAAACGUGUUCAUUGAGUUUUGUAAUUUUGUAUUUUAAAUCCCACUGAAACAACUGAAGGUUUUCCACAUUUUAUCGAAACAUGUGAUCUAAGCUCUUGACGAGGAACAGGCUUUUACAACAUACUGGUACUAACACUAUCCAAAAUCCCCACGCACUUCGGGGCCAAAGUAUAUUCAUGUCAUAAAGGGUUAUAAAUAAAUCCUGCUUAGAAUUGUACUUAAAAUGUUGUGCUGAACAUUCAUGUUUUGGAAUCAAAACAUGUUAAAAAUGUAUAUCUUUGCAGGA